CAGAAUGCCCAGUUUCUUCCUUUUCAUUCUACUGCUUACGAUUUUCGCAUAUUCUUUUGGACAUCUGGUUGACUACUGGGCACAAAGGAGCAACGUGCAGAUCACAUUCAAACCCAGAUACCACUGUUGUGUUAGUAUAUCAUCCGACGUUAAUGCGCUUUUCCAAGAUUAUGGUAAAAAAAUUGGAAUUUCUACAAGUGAUAUGGAAAUUCGUCAAAUAGGAAGAUGUACAAGUGAUUCAAAUACCCGAAAGUAUGACGCGUUUGUUAUGGACUGCGACGGGUUUCAAAGGUUUUUGUACCAUCUGAGACCAUCUACGUACUACAAUAUUGGAAUGGCUUACGUUGAAUGCGGUCACAUAGAUUUAGCUAAUGAGGCUUACAAUUGUACUCAGUGA